UUUUUUUUUUUGGGGGGGAAAAAAGGGGGGAAAAGAAAAAUAAUAAAAAUAAAAGAGGAAAACCAAAAAACCCCCAAGAAAAGAAACCAAAACAAAGCGAGCGAGCGCAGGCUUCCCCUCGGAGCGCAGGCGAGGGCGGCGAGCGGAGGGGCUGCUGCGCGGCGGCUGCUGGACCCGGUGGGACGCGGCGGGACCCGGUUCUUUCUCCGGCACCCGGUCGGGUCGGACACAAAGUGCUGUCCAGCUGGAAUGAAUAUAUCUGAGUCUAACUACUGCCGAGAGGAGAUAUCGCAACCCCGGGGCGACUGUUCAUGGGUCACCGCCGCCGUGCCGGCCGCUGAGCCCGGGCUCGCCUUCCCUCGCCCCCCGGGAGCCGCGUCCCCCGCCAGCCGCACGCCCAGCCCCGAGCCCGGCUUCGCCUUCGGCUCCGGCCCCGGCGGCGCGGCCCCCGGUGCGGCCCCCGGCGCGGCCCCGAGCCGCUCGCCCAGCCCCGAGCCGGGCUAUGGAUACAGCCCCCCGGCGGGCCGCGCCGAGGGCAAGGCCGGAGAGGACUCCCGCAUCCGCCGGCCCAUGAACGCCUUCAUGGUCUGGGCGAAGGAUGAGCGCAAGCGGCUGGCGCAGCAGAACCCCGACCUGCACAACGCCGUGCUCAGCAAGAUGCUGGGCCAGUCAUGGAAAGCGCUGAGCGCCAGCGACAAGCGUCCCUUCGUGGAAGAGGCCGAGCGGCUGCGCAUCCAGCACCUCCAGGAUCACCCCAACUACAAGUACCGCCCAAGGAGAAAGAAGCAAGCCAAGAAAAUCAAGAGGAUGGAACCCAAUAUCCUCCUGCAUAACCUUUCCCAGCCUUGCAGUGACAACUUCAGCAUGAGUCACCACGGUGGCAGCCAGCCGGGCCACCCCCAGCCUCCCCCACUUAACCACUUCAGAGAACUCCACUCCAUGGGGUCGGAUAUUGAAAACUAUGGCUUGCCAACUCCUGAGAUGUCUCCCUUGGAUGUCUUGGAACAGACCGAGCCGGCGUUUUUCCCUCCGCACAUGCAGGAUGACUGCAACAUGAUGCCCUUUCGCGGCUACCACCACCAUCACCAGAUGGAGUUUCCCCAGGAGAAGUGCAUGGGGCGGGACGUGGCGGUGCCCUACGCGCAGACCCCUUCGCACUUGGCCGACGCCAUGAGGACUCCCCAUCCUUCCAGCAUAUACUACAACCAGAUGUGCUCGGGAACUCAGAACGGGCUUUCUGCCCACCUGGGCCAGCUCUCACCCCCUCCUGAAGCCCAUCACAUGGAGAGCGUGGAUCACUUGAACCAAACCGAGCUGUGGACAGACGUUGACCGCAAUGAGUUUGACCAGUAUUUGAACAUGAGCAGGACUCGUCCCGAAGCCUCGGGACUCCCUUACCAUGUCUCCCUGUCCAAAGUGACUCCUAGAAGCAUCUCCUGCGAGGAGAGCAGCUUGAUAUCUGCCUUGUCCGAUGCCAGCAGCGCUGUCUACUAUAGCCCAUGCAUCACCGGUUAGGUUGGCCCCACCACCCGAUGCUCGCAAUGGAGAGGCCCGACUCUCCUCUAGAAACAAAAAGCCAUCCUCCUUUAACCACGAGCUCCAUCAUAUUUAGAGUAUCUCAUUAAAUGCAUCGCUUUCUUUUUGGUUCUUUUCCUUCUCUUUUAAAUUUUAUUCCUAUUUUUUAUGGGUUUUUUUAAGACAAAACUCCAUGCUGAACUCACUGAUAUACCAUAUAACUAUAUAACACAGAUAGACGCCUUUCCCAAGCACUCGCCUGCCUUCCCGCAUCCCGCUCCAGCCCUCGGCAGGGCGUACCUGUAGCUCCUACCAGCUCCAAGGGGCAUUUUUAAGCCAAUUCCAAUGAAUCCUGCCUGAAACAACCACCACCAGCAUGAGCCGAAGCGAUCUGCUCCCGAUAUUUAACCCAAGGGCAGGAAAACUUGUGGAGGGAGGGGAAAACCAUCACUUUUAGGAAGACUUUGCUGGGGCCAUUAAAGGGUCGGCGCCCGUUAGGGGUGGGCUUUAGGACAGUUUUUACUGUAUUCUCAGCAAUAUAUUUUAAUUGGGCAACAAAAGUAUAUUUUUACUAAGCAUUUUUAUAUAUAAAAUGGUAUUUAAUGUCUUUUGGGGUGUCGGGGUUGGUUUUUUAUUAGACUUUUUCAAAAGAAAUCAAGGGAUAUCCAUGAGAUCUAAAGCAUUUAUGUAGCAAAGCUGGAUUUAAAAAGGGGAAAAAACGAAAGGGGAAAAGGGGGAAAAAGGGGGAGAAAGAAAAAAAAAAGGAGAUAUUUUGUGGAAAAGGGAAUAUCAAUGUAAAUAUUGUGGAACAAUCGACUGGAAUUUUUGUACAAAAGGGAACUACGACUGCAAACACUUUUUCUUGUAUGGAGAGCAAACUGUUUUAUACUGGUUAAUUAUUAAAACAUCUUCAUCUAA